UGCCUCCCAAAGCGCAAUUCCCUUUCAUUUUCAUGUGGGUCUUCCUCUUAAUUCCAUCUCCCAUUAUUCUCACACUCUUCAAUAACAACAAUCCUUUCAAUUCCAAUAUCUCCCAAUAUCUUCCUUUUACUUCACCCCUUUCUUCCCCCUAAGUUUCUCCAUAUAUAUAUAUAUACAUAUGUAUAUAUUACCUUUUCUAGUACUUUGUUUAGAGGAAUAACAAAGCUUUCCCCAUGUCUCUCUCAAGCUCAGAAACGAUCAAUAAGAAGAUGUUCCACCAUAGGAGAGCUUCAAAGGAACUUGAUGUGUUCGAAGCUGCUCGGUAUUUCUCCGAUUAUAACGAAAUGUCCGCUUCAACGAGUAGUUUCGGCGCAAAGUUCACUCCGAAAAUGAAGAAGAAAGAUAAAGGAUGGAUCAAAGGGAGAAUCAGCUUAGACAUGCAGGUGAAGAACAUUCUUAAUCUUCCCCAACAUUUUCCUCAACAUGAUUCUUAUAGUGUUGAAAAGCAAGUAACAAAGGAAAAAAAGUACAAGCAACCAAGCUCUCCUGGUGGGAGAUUGGCAAGCUUUUUGAACUCUCUUUUCAGCCAUUCAAGUUCCAAGAAGAAGAAAUCGAAACAUUUUGCGCAAUCCAUGGACGAAGACAUGGAGGAUGACGAAAGUCGAACAUCGAAGAGAAGGAUUAGCAUAAGCCAUUUUCGAACUUCGAAUGCCACCGCCACAGAUGCAAAGUUUAUCUAUUCUUCCUCUCCAAAAAAUAAUAAUUCAGGUUUUAGAACACCACCUCCGCACGUUCAAACCCCAACAAAAAGCUACAAGGAGCUAUUGUCGUUUUCGAAGUUCAACCGACUCGUAAAAUCAGCUGAAGCAUUAGAGAAACCUACCAUGGAUGAUAAGAGAAUAAGGAAAGAUAAAGGGGUUGUGGAGAAACAAAAGAUGAAGAAGAAUAAUUGUUGUUCAGAAAAAGAUAGGGUUUGGGUUGAGAAAAAUUUAGUAGGUGAAGAAAUGAAGAAAAAGUUAAGAAAAUUUGAUCAUGAAAUUAAUAAGAACAAUAAUUCUGUUGGUGAUCAUAAUAAUCAUAAUGAUGAAGAAGAUGAUGGUGGAGAAACAGAUUCAAGCUCUGAUUUGUUUGAGUUGCAAAUUUAUGAUUUGGAUUAUUACUCCAAUGGCUUGCCUGUUUAUGAAUCUACUGAUAUUGAUAGCAUUAAGAGAAGAAAUUCUGUCUCUAAUGCAGUUUAAUUUGUUCAGAUUGAAAGAACACGAAGAGACGAAAUUAUGGUUUUUUUUUUCUUUCUUUUGUUAAUUUUGUUUAAUUUGUGCAGUUAAUGAAUUCUUUUUCUUUUUUUCUUCUUCUUUUAAUUAA